CCCUUACGUUCUAUGCAGGGUCGCGGAAAUUAGUUUAGCACCCUGCCUGAUGCUAUGUUCUUGAUGUAUCGUAUUCAUAGCGAUUUCGAAGUGCCGGAAGUAGAUAGAGCGCCAAGUCCAUAACAACAACAUGUCCUUUCUUGGACUUGACACGGAGCUCUUGAGCGACUUGUCCAGUGUUGUCGUGAGCCGUAAGUUCGCGGCGGGCUCGAGCGGACACAUCCGACGAUAGAGAGGCCGCUGUGUAAAUCCGGUAUAAAAUCCACCUGGAUCCGCGAAAAUGCCGCGUCGUCAGCAAGAUUCGGCUCUCAAUCGUGACGUCCCCUCACGCGAAGGCGAGGGUGCAGAUAGUCCCCAUAAACUACAACUCUCUCCCGCCACCGGUCAAGGGCAACAGCAACAGGAUGACAAGCAGGACAUCUUCCGCAACCUUCCCGAAUCUCCCUCCCGACCCAGACCUCAAGACAAGGCUGAAACUGAGAAACACCGAAAAUUCCGUGGAGAUGCUCUUGUCAUCGUCGGCUCUUGGCGAACCGCUGAAGACCCUGUCUGGAAUCGCGUCUACUACUACAACCCCUAUACGAAGACGGCGACGUUCGACGUGUUCGAAGUCUUGUCCAGUGGAGGCAUGGAGGACUUGCUGAGGAGUCUAGAGUGGACUCUGUGUAUCUUGGAUCCGAGCUUGUUUCCGAGGAUUUAUGAUUUGCCUGGAUGGUGCUUAGAGCUAUUCGACAAUCCGAUGUGCGCUGGGAAAUGCUGUGGUACUAACUACUAUUGAUCUUUGGACACAAUGCUACUUGAUUAUCACUCUUGUAGCGAUGUCACGCUAUGCGAAUCACCGACACCCCCAGAGGGCGUCCAUGGUGUACUCGUUUUGACAGUGUCCUAAAACAAGACUCAUUAGGUUGAGUGCUUUCGUGCUCCCUCUUGAGUCACUCCUCAUAUUCCUUGUCGCGGUGGGUGCACAUUCUAAGUGUAGGGUCAUUUUUGUGGCCAAACCACCGGGUCAAACCAUGGAGAGAACAAACAUCUUGAAGUUUUCCAAUAUAUUGUCCCGAUCAGAUAACAGCUAAUUGAAUUCCCUACGGACACAAUGCGACUUGAUUAUCAGUCUCGUCGCGAUGUCAGACUAUGCGAGUCACCGAGAUUACCUUCCAAAAGGCCUCCGUGCUGGUUCGUUAUGACAGUGUCCCAAAGCAAGACUUAUUAGGUUGAGUGCUACUCUGCGCUCCCUCCUGAGUCAAUCUUCAUAUUCCUUGUCGCGGUGGGUGCACGUUUCAGUGUAGGGCCAUAUUUAUGGCCAAACCACCGGGUCAAACCAUGGAGAGAACAAAAAUUAAUUUUUUAGGAUUUAACCAAAUAUAACCAAAUUGUACUAAGCAGUUUCGGACGCAAUGCUGCUCGACUAUCACUCUUGCAGCGAUGUCAUGCUAUGCGAACCACCGACACCCUCAGCGGGCGUUCAUGGUGGUUCGUUAUGACAGUGUCCUAAAACAAGACUCAUUAGGUUGAGUGCUGUUUUGCGCUCCCUCCUGAGUCGAUCUCCAUAUUCCUUGUCGCGGUGGGUGCACGUUUUAGUGUAGGGCCAUUUUUGUGGCCAAACCACCGGGUCAAACCAUGGAGAGAACAAAAUUUUCGAGAACCAAAUAUAACCAAAUUGUACUAAGCACUUUCGGACGCAAUGCUGCUCGACUAUCACUCUUGCAGCGAUGUCACGCUAUGCGAAUCACCGACACCCUCACAGGGCGUUCAUGGUGUAUUCGUUGUGACAGUGUCCUAAAACAGGACUCAUUAGGUUGAGUGCUUUCGUGCUCCCUAUUGAGUCAAUCUUCAUAUUCCUUGUCGCUGUGGAUGCACAUAGUGUAGGGUCAUUUUUGUGGCCAAACCACCGGGUCAAACCAUGGAGAGAACAACCAGAAAAGAUUUCUUACUAAGUAUAUUCCUUCCCUGACUCUCGAUUCUCGAAUUUCCCAGACAUAACAAACCCAUAACAAUAGCAUUCAACUCCUCGUACAUAGGUUUCAUCGAAAAGGGUUCCGUUAUCGUGGUUAUCCGUCUCCAGUCCCAGGGAGACGGCACUCAGGUUGCUCAGAUGAUCAAUCCCUUGAAUCCUCGGAAAUUCGUUUAUGCCAAAGUCGGCGACGAGGGACCGGAUAAGAUCUAUCUGAAACCUCUCAUUGGCGUGUUGCAUGAACGGAGAGCGUAUUUGGAGGACGCGUUGGCGUCCGAAGAGCCGCAGUACGUGAACAUCGGAGACCGCAUCGAUCCGAAUGACCCAUACAACGUGGUCACCUACUUGGAUCCUGAAGCGCGUUACUACGUUUGCACGCAGAACCGGAACGAGAAUUUGCUGAGGCGAGGAGGAUGGUAUGAAUCGCGGCAGAAAAUGGACAAAGAGAGGUAUGCGAAGAAGCAAAUGAAAUUGCACCAGAAGAAACGGAUGCAGGCGGGGGCGGCGGCAGUGAGGUGCUUUUUGCGGAUGCCACAAAAGAAAGCGGCGAGUUCGGCUGGUGGGGGAAUGUCGUCAAACGGGGGCAGUGUUAUGAAAAUGAUUUCUGAGUAGUACAUCGUUAAAAAAGUUUUAGUGUCUCUACCAGAAUAAAACUUAGACUGAACUACAUGAAGAUGAUCCUUCGGGAGAACUUCGUUUUUCCGUUCUAAGUCCUCUCCAGGUAGUCGUCAAGCCGCUAGUGCUGGUUCAGGUUCUCGCGUCUCUUCCCGAGGCGGUCUUGGCUUUGUCCGAGGUAAAACGGUUACUGGAGAGGCCGGAGCCAAUCCCUUAGACCUGAGCAUGACGGGGAGUUCCUCUAGUGCGGCAAAGAGUGCAGGCAGUCUACAAUUCUUGCUAGAUCCAGAGGGGGAGCCACCCAAGGAUCGGCCGCCAGAACAACUGACUCUGGUGAUGCAAUUCGAGGAACAAUUUGGCGACAAGUUGCACGAAGUAGAAAUUCGCUUCAACCAAGAAGGCAGUUUCUUGGUUUUACCGACUGUGAUUGAUAGAAGGUAUGCGCUGCCAAGUAGUGUGAAGAAGAUGAACCCAGGAGUAGUAACAGUAGUAAAAGGGUCUGAACAUCAACAAGAUGGCGAUGCAGGAGAACAACAACAAAAUAACAACAAAGAGGAUGAUGUAUUCGGAGGUCUGGGGCUCUAUGGUCGUGGAGACGCCUUGCCAGGUUUAGUUUCCGACAGUAGUGAACCAGUUUUCGUUGAUUCCGAUCUGGGACAGCUGACUUCACUUGCGGUACAUGUCAUUUCGCGAACACCGUCUGACGUCGAUCGCCAUCACGUUGUGCGUCGGCUCCGGACCAUCCUUCGUGAAUUAGGCCUCGUCCCUCUAGAAGACGGCACCUACUUGGAAGUUAAACUCCCAAAAGCCGACGCGGCUACCUACAUCAACCGCCCUCCGCCACCGCGAGGCUUCUCAGCACCGCUUAAAGCCUUUUCCGGCGUCUACACCCAACAAGAACUGGAAGAGGCAGAGAGUUCGAUGCGGGAAAAGCUUCAAUUGGAAAGGAGGUUGAAAUUAGAGGAAAUGGAGAGGAAGAGGUUGGAGGAAGAAAACGCGGAAAGUAGCGAAUUAAGCGAGUGGGAUCCGGAGGAGGAAGAUGAAGAAGUAUUCACGUCCUAGCGAGUUUUGAGUCUGAUUGCCCAAUGGAGGCAGUAGAACUCACAUCACUGAUAGUUUUUUUUUGGAAAACUAACAGAUUUAUAAAAUAAACAGAUAUGCCAUUUUGAUUUUUGGGUUUGAUUACACUUGUCUUUUCUACUCUCUCCAAGAACCCAUUGUUUGCUUUCAACCCCAUUGUUUGCUUUCAACCGUUGUUUUCUCCGUCCAACCAGGAAGAGGAAGACGAGGACGUUUCGAGCAGCGCCCCUCCGACCAGAGAUCGGAAGAAGAGGAACGAGGACGUCGAUAGUGACGAAUCCGACGAUACUCGUGACCGUCGCUUAGCUGCCGAAGCUGAAGCCUUGGCUGCCAGAAAAGCCGCGUCACGCGAGAAACGAUUAGCCCGUCGAAGGGAGAAAGCAGCGUUCCGGGAGAAGAGACUUGCGAGAAGGAAUACGAAGCUAGCCCGCCGUGCAGCGAGGGAGAAGGCGGCAAGGGAUGCAGCGGAAUUAGCGAGGCUAGAGGAGGAAAGGAGGAAGGCGGCAGAGUUGUCUUAUGAGAAUGUACUGAUUGUUGAUGUAGAAGUAGGGAGAUUGUUGAAUGUAGAGUGUUGAUGAUCACGGAUGGUCAUAUCAGGAGCACACACAUGACGCGUAGAAGUAGGGACGCUUUCCUUUGCUCCUCCAAUCUUCCUGGUGGCAGCGCAUGGAGUUGGAGGUGAAGAACCGGAGAGACGUCCGCAACGCGCAAGUCCGACCGAUGUUGAAUAAACUGCACCCGCGUGAGAUCCAUGAGUCGUUCCGGGAGAGAGACGCGAGGGCCGACUUGUCUCACAAGCCUUGGGAUAGAAACGAACGGGGGCGAAGUCCUGAGAGUCCUGUGAACAGGCAUAAGCCGCCGAGAAGGAAACAGAAAAAUUAUGUGAUCAUGAAGAUACGGAGUUGUGAAUACUCGUAGGACCACUGUCAAGAAAAUUCUGUGAAUACUCGUAGGACCACUGUCAAGAAAAUGAAAACUCACUUUGGAAGAUGUGAUCAAGUUUUCCUAAUUUCACUUGUGUUCUCCUACAACUUCAUCAGGGUUGAGAUGCUUCUUUCACGGAUCAGUAGUUUUAGACCUCGUCUUCGUCUCACGUCUAAGCCUUCGAAGACGGCAGCCCAUCUGGUCGCGACAUGGAUUUCCGUCAAUUAACUCAAGCCGAGUUCAUAGACCGGGAAGCCAAAGCAGGUCAAGACGGCUUGACCCUAGAGGAGAUCAUGACGAAGCAGGCAGUAGAAAUUAAGGCUUCGCCCGACCCCUCUUGGGGAGCAUCGGAACCCCUCUUCGGGAGCAUCUUGAAGCCUCUCAUCUCAUCCCAUGAGGAGAAGGAAGCAUCAAGAUGAAUUUCAAGAUGGAUAAGAGUGCGAGAGCUCUAAAGAAAGAGGUGACCUGUCGGCUUUGCAGGGUGUCCACAAUCGAAAAAAAGGUGCUGAGAACGAGAUGAUGGAACUGACGAGUCACAUGGAAUCACCCGAUAGAUAUUCUUGGGCAGCGCAAAGCAGAGAAUUCUGGGACCAGAAACCUAAACGAGGGAAGUUACUACCUUUGCCAGGAGAGAUAUCACCAGAGGCGCAAGAGAGGAGGAAAUUGCGAGCAUCAGUGAGUGGGAGAUCGAGCAAAGGGAGUCGUAAGUUUUGUUGCGGUUUUGAUUCGUGAUACGUGUAUGAUGUGAAGAUCUUCUGGUCCCUCUGUCAUUCUAAGUAAUUGCCAUUCUAAGUAAUGUUUAGCGAUGAACAUCAAUUCACCUGCCGACUGCACUCGAUCCAAACAAGGCUCUUCCAUUGCAUCACCUCCAUCAUUUCCAACCACAGGCGCUUCUCAAUCCAACGCUGACACCGACGGCCUCUCAAAACGCGAGCUAGACGCCCUCGAAAUGGCUGAGGGCAAGUGGAAUGCGGAUCACCCUUGGAAGACGGGCAAGGUCGCACCAGACGAGGACAUGGAAGUUUUUUUAGUUUCACAACAAAAACUCGAACUACGUCCUGGUCCCGAAGGAGGUUUGGGCGAGCGCGAUGCAGAAGGCCACCAGAACCCACUCCGAGUGGCACGAUUAGGUCGUGCUCAAGCCUAUGUGCCGACUGAGAAUCUGCGAGAUAAUGCAUUGCGAUCGAGGUGGGGACGAGUCGUAGGUUGGACUCCGAAUCCGGCAGACUUAUCGGACAUCGCGUUCCGACAUGACGAUGGAAUGAACGACAUGGAUCGAGACCCCGAUCGAGAUAUCCUCAACGUGAUAGCCGAAGAAGUUGAAGCUUCAGGUUACGACCCGCUUCUUGGCGCAGGUCGGGUGCCGUCAUCAAGUUCAACGGGGCCUCAGAAUACGGGUGCUGGUAGUAGAGGAGGACCAGGAGGAGCUUCCAAAGUGUCCCGGAACAAAUACGCCUACUUAGCCGAGAUGAAGGACGUACCUGGUAUCACCGAGGACGGCUGCGUUUUGGUCACCGAGAGUCGCGACUUCCACCAUAGCAGAGUUCUAGGCCGGUUGAGACCGAAUACGCAGCUGUCGUUUGCGCAGAUCAUAGGGUCUAGAGCACAGAUUUCCCACGUUUUUAUGGAAGUGGAGAACCCGGAUUACGAUCCGGUCCUAGACGGCGAAGACGAACGCGUGCAGAAAGUAUCCAUCAUCGAUCCGGAACUGGACGCUCAUUACCGCGGCGGCUGGGUUUCUCUAGUACUGUUUGAAACAGGCGAGAGCUUAUUCUCAAAGAUCUUACCAUUGUCAGAGGUGGAAACGAGCAAGCGGGACAUGGCGAGAACGGCCUUGAAGUCGGAGAUGGAACUGAAUGCCCAAGCGGAGGCAAAAGCUGCGGCUCAGGCAGAAGCGGCAGCUUUGGACAAAGCGACUCGGAUUGCGAACGAAACGAAGUACAGUGGUUUGACGAGACACCAGAUAAUCGAACUGCAAAAAGCGAGAAGCAGACCGGCGAGUAGAACUUCUUGAUUUGGAUUUCAAGAAUAUUCUUUGGAAUUUAGUAGAAGGACUACAUGACGUGUUUGUAUUUUGGGUUGUCCAGCAUUGUCCUCGUUCUUGUGAUUCCCGGUGCAUGUUUGAUUGUAUUAAAAAGAACUUCCACGACUUGUUUUCCACUUGUUGUUACCCACCUGCUCAGGUUCCGAAUCCGCCGCCGAUGGCAGACCCGCCGCAGCAGCCGGCACUCUGGCCGAUCCCUCUCAGGCCUUCGAAUCCGCUGUGCACGCGAACAACAUGAUUAUUAUUCAGAGAGAAACCGUCACUGGUGGUUGGCGAGAAGCAAAAGAUCAUAUUUGGAAUCGGACUUACUAUCUGAAUCCUGGGAGUGUUGCAGUGCGUGCAACCUGGGACAUCCGAGAACUUUUGCACGAUGGCGGUCUGGAAGAUUUGUUGAUAAACCAGACGUGGCAUUUGGGAGUAGUUGGAGAAGCGACGGAAGUUAUGGUGAUGGAAAUUGGAGGUGAACGUGAACGAAGAACUUUGACGAGAACUUUGAGAACUUUCUUUUGAUUUUGGAUUUGGACUUUUUAUAGUUUUUUUUUUCUGAGUCGGAACCUCAAGCAUGAUUUUGUCGAAACCGGACCCACGUAAGCAGUCUCUAACCUUCGUGCCGCCCGCGAUGAGUCAUGGUCUCUCGAAGUCUACGACAAACCUUUGCGCGAGGCCAAGGAUAACUACAGUCGCAAAAUCGCUGGUGAAUACCUCAAUCCCCGCGAGCUAAAAGAGCAUAAAGUUAAGGCUAGCGAUAAUUCAUCUUUCAGAGCAUCCCUGAAAAGUAUGAUUGAGUAUCUAUCCUCGGGCAAGACUCUCCCAUACUUUUCAAGGAUACACUUGAAGGAUGAACUACGGACAGUUCUAAGAAAGCACGCUUAGCCGGUUUGCUCAAAGACGAAGACCAGAAAGCUCCUAGUCGCCUGAUCAAGCAGGGUAGAAUCGUUGUGAUGACCGAUUUGAAUCCGCAGACGGGCGUUGCGAAGAUCCUGUGUCCGAUGGUGCCCACGAGAGAAGACGUUUCAAAAGCAAAAGAGCUAAUGGACCUAUGUGAUCCAUUAAAGUGCACCAUAGGGUACACGAAGGUGUAUUCGAUGGACAAGCGGCCUUUGGUGAAGAACUUGGUUUUGGAUGAAAGAGGAACAGCGUUGAGCGGAGUGUUUAUCUUACGGAGGAAACUUCGUUGGGGGACAUAUUUCAAUCAUUCUCAAGUUGAAACUCAGAAAGAAAAAUUUAAGGACCGACUACAACUCGUUUACAACUCUCCAUUACAUAAUUACAUUUACACGUUCUUACACCCUCCUCUAAUCCUUGCCGACUUCCCCGAACGCGUCCUACUCCCUGUCCAAGAAGAGCAGGACAUCGAAUCCGAGGACGUGGCUUACGUACGAGGUGGCGACUUAGUCCUUUUCUCCAUUGUCGCGGGCAUUCGAGGUCGCAUUACUACUGUCCCUAAAGUUCCAGGCAUGCCCAUCGAGGAAGGCUGGGUGACGCUUAUGCUGCCUGACGGAAAACCCUUGUUUCGGGAACAAAUGAGCCAUGAUCGGAUAUUCAAGUUAAGACAAACAAAAUACCGGUAGGUAGGCUCUCCAUCGGAGGUACUUCCCAACUGGUUGGCCUCACAAGUAGACACUGAUAGCUACAUAAGAGGUACCAUGACAUGACAUUUUCAGAAGCAUCUUGGUCCUCCCGUUUUUUUUCAAGGGACGAAAAGGAGACCCAAGAUGCUGCUGAAGAUGGAAUUCCCAUAGUUCUAAUCAGUGGAGGUCUGCAGCAUUCUGGGACUGCUCCGUUGUCCGGUCGUUCUGGUUCUACUCUCGGCGGUAGUCAGGAUUCGACGAUAGCGAAGAAAAUACCCACAUUACGGCCUCUUGCUGUAAUUCAUUUCAAGAAGCUGCAUCUUUUCGACCCCCUUUGUUUUCCCUAAGGGAGUAGAGAAAACAUGUAGUCGAAGAUUUAUCUUAUCUCAGGAUCAUGAAUUUUUAGAAUCACAAUUUAUGUGAGCUCAUCUAACCACAGUUCAAGACGGUUUCGUUUUGCGAUGGGCAGAUCGAGUACGCUUGAGCAACACGGAGUUGGACAAGGUAGCAGAACUCGUAACCGACGACCACUAUCAGGAGUUCGUCAUCAACGAUGUGAAAACAUUGAAAACACUCGAACUGCCUUACGAACGCGGUAGACAUCGCUCCCACGCCCACAUUCGCACCACGCCAGAAGAUCGCGAAUACCUCAAGAUUGAGAAACUCUUGGCUUCCGAACGCGCUGAAGAACGCAAACUGGGUGUGCAAAAGCUAGAGGAGAAAGCGAAGAAAGACUUGGAGGAAUGUCGAGCGAAAAGACUAGCAGCAGAAGAGGCGAAGAGGAAAGCAGAGGAGGACGAACUGGAGUUGUUGAGGGCUGAACAGGAAAAAUACGAAGACAUGGACGCUAUGAACAUGGCAGCGGGGAAAACACCGGUUGGCGCGCCGGCGCCAGGUCAGGGGGCUCAGAGCAUCUCUCAAGCAAAGGCCGCUGCUGCAGCUAAGGUAGUUGAGCAAGUGGAAGAAGAAAUACGAAAAGCAGAGGCAGAAGAUGAAGCUGAGCGGCAAAAAGUCCGUGACUACUGGGACGACGAACCGGAUCAGGUCAGCAGCAUGUAUGACACUCAAUUCGCGGAGGAACGAGUCGAGGAUGCGCACAACAUGACCAGCGUAGCCAAAGGCUAUCUGAACAAAAUCAGGAAAGCAAAAUUGAAGCGGCGACUACAAUCUUUGCCGACCGAGGAACUAGACUACCACGAAUUAGGCGGCGUGGACGAUAGACAGAGCGUCUUCAGGACUCUGCCGGAGUUGAUGGACGUUUUGGACAGUGGCAGGCAGUUGUGCGAUUGGAAAGUAGUAAGGGACGCGGUUUUUGGCCUGCCUUAUUGGCGCAAUUGCUGGACCGAUACGAGAGCGACGAUGCAACAGCUUCUAGUCUCUGGAGCCUGGAAAUUGCACGUGGUGGUGGCGCCACAGGUAGAGGUGUUCGAAGACGGUCAAUUCGAACCUGAGCGAACUUGUUCAGUCUUCACCAAAGGUUGCGUCCUCCUAGUUGAGUGGGUUGGAGACGACGUGUGCCGAGUCUUGUCUCCGCCGUUGUAUUCCCUGAUGCGAGGAGGCGGUGGUGCAAGUUCGGGUCGUUCGGGUCUUUUUAUGUUUGAGGUUAGAUAGAUGAUGAUGUUCAAGAUACUAUGUAUAAGUUUAUAAGAUUCAGUUUAGUAGUAGUAGUACUCCUAUUGAUUCUUAUACUCCAUAACCUAUGUAUACCCCAAUCAUGAAUUGUUCUCUCAUUUUCUUUUUCAUCCCAGGGGAGUCCCUCCAGUCAAUUCUAAGGAAUUCUCAUUUCGCUUUUCCAAAGUCUCCACCUGUUCUAACCCUAUCCAGCAGACGACUUCCAAUUCCAGUCGGCAGUUGGGGAUUGAUCCUCCAGGUGCAGUGGUUGGCAGCCUAAGCCGAGAUAAAGACGACGUAGCUAUUCCUGGUCAUGGCUAUUGUCCAUUCAUUGGCUUCUUCAAACCUCUGGUUGUUUCCGCAGCUGGUAUGGCGCAUGCGAGUUUGAUUGACGACAUGCUAGAUCAUCAGGGAGACUUCGUGGAUCCAGGAGAAGUGCUUGGCGGUGAGGGGGACCCUCAAGAAGAGCCAGCUUCUCCCCACAAAGGAACGACAACAUCGGUAACUGCUGCUCAAGCUGUCUACGGCAGUCUGCAGAUGGUUUCAAGCCCGUCAGCUGCUGAUGGGAGACCUGGCACGGCGUCUUCGGGAGCUGCACCCUCUACGCUUUGCGGCAUACCGAAGACUGGCGUUAUCUACAGGGUUACGCCCUUUGGUUCGCACGUGUCGGACGAAGAGGUCAGACUAGUCAUGGCCAACGACUUUGAGGCACGAACAGGAGUCGUCGUGCGGAUGUAUCCGACUCGCAAGGCGUGCAUGCAGCAGUUGAAAUAUGCUGUGAAUAAGAGGACAGGGAAGCAGGAGAUCGUGAGUUAAGGCUACCGUGGUUGCAUCCUCAACCAGCCUCAUCCCUGAUUCCGUUUUCGAUUACCUAGAAGUGCUAAAAUGUAGUUGUUUCUUUGUUUCGAGGAAUUGAAAUCUUUUUUGUCUACGGUCUACCUACUUACGUUGGAAAGGGGCACAGGGCUGGAGGUUUCAAGGAUGCGACCGAGGCCGCUCUAAGGGAGGCCUUGGCGAGAGUUUGAUUGGACUGAUAAUCCGAAUGAGCAUUUUGUCCGGCAAGCAAAAGGGGAAGGUUUACUCGAACCAACAGAAGCCGAGGGCGCUCCUCUACCUUUGACGAAACAUGGCAAGUUGUACGGCAAUCUCAUGCACGACGACGAAAUUGUCAUCCAGCACGUCGAAGGCCGCUACGCCUACGUUCUAGUUGUGAAAAUGAAACAGUUUAUGAUCUCCCGAAUGCGUGCAGGCUGGAUCGAACUGGUGGAUGAACUCGGGAAUUGCUUUGUCAGAAUGGUACCGCAAGAAGAACGAUUACUCUCUUUAAGGCUAAUCGAAAACUCAAAAUAGCCGAGUAGCCAACUGAAAUAGCAGAGUCAUUACGUUGCUCUUGUUUCAGUAUCUCGCUUAUUGUAAGUAGUUACUCGCUUAUUUCAGUUUUUCGAAUACAAGAAAUCCAUCUGUAAGCUGUACUGUACAGUUACAACAUCUUAGACGGGCGUCCCAGAAAUCCGUACUUCGAACGGAUGCCCAUCUAGACAUCUUAGUUCUAAACUCUAGAAAUCCGUACUUCGAUCAGAUGCUACCGGAAAUCCAGAAGAAGGACUACGUCCUCGUCAAAGGAGUAUCGCCUCCACCGACGCCCAGCACGCCACCAGAGGAGAUGGAGUUGGUUGAGGUGGAUGAGUUGGACGCGAUUUCGACUCCUAGUGCGAGAAGUGGCGAUGAGUUGUUGACAGCAGCAGAUCGGGCGAAUGUGAAGAAAGAACUUAUGGCAGAAUCCUUGGGUUUAAUUAGAAGACGCUGUACUGAUAUAUAAGUAGUGACAAGACGAGUCUGUGUUUGUAGAAGUGUGGCGUCGUACUUAUAAGUAGAGAACAAUAGUCUGUGCUUGUAGUGUGGCGUAAUCUUCUAAGACGGUAUUGUUAUUGGAGUUUAUCUCUAGUGAAUGAUAAUGAUGGGCAUGGACGAGUUUGAUUUUCAGAAACCUCACUCAACUACUACCUCCUCUAACGGAAGCAAAGAAGAAAAACUGCAGCAAAAGAAGGAUGAAGAGGAACGACAACGGAAAUUACAGGAAGAAGCUGUCCGAAAAGCGUUCAUAGAUAACAUGGAAUUGUUGAGACCCCACAUCCUGCCAAUCCUCUUACAGAUGUCGGAGAUGGCAGAUAGGCCGAUACAACAUUUGAGCGAUUACAAGGAGUGCAGGGAUCCGAUUUGGGGGAGGAGGUAGUUUUGAUUUACCUAUUGCUAUUCCUAUGAGUUUUUUUUUUGGAAUGCCUAUGAUCCUUCUUCAUAUUGCUGCCCCACAAGAAGUGAUUGAAAAAUUGCUACUCCAGGUACUUCCUGAACAUCUGGACAUCCGAGGUCGUUUACCGCAUCGACAGCAAGGAGAACAUCCCGUUUGUCAGAAUGUUCCUCAAUUUCGUUCCCUCCAAUGUGCAUUCUAGUUUCUUCGAAAAAGAUCACAAAGGUUGUCGCAAAGUUGCGUAUACCAGGAUAAACCGCGUCGUCGUCAACGCCCUAGAGAUCAAAGCUGGGGAUGAGAAUUUAGUGAGGACUAAGUUGUUGGCCCAAAAUGGACUAGGUGUCUUUGAGGAGAUGGCUGCCGUUCCGAAAGAUGGCACUGUUAGAAAACCAAGAGCAGAGAGGACAGCGAGUGCGGAGAGCGUGCCUGUUGCUCCUGGAGCGGCAGGAGCAGCUCCAGCAGGAGCUCCUGGAGCGGCAGGAGCAGCUCCAGCAGGAGCUCCUGGAGCAGCAGGAGCUCCUGGAGCGGCAGGGGCAGCUGCAGCAGCAACCCCUGCAGCAGGUGGAAAGGACAGCAGGGCAGGAUCAAAAAAGAGCUCAGCGAUAGGUUCAAUGCCAGGAAAAGCAGGCUCGACUCCACGUAAAGCGGGAGGAGAUGGAGACAGCAAGGCUGAAGCUUCGAGACCCGAGACACCCGCGCCACCCGAGGAAGAUCCUCUAGACCCGCGUACGAACGCGAAGAUGAUCUUCGAAACCACCAUUGAUCUCGGCGCUUUGAACACACUGUAUCCAGCAAGACGAAAUGAAUUGGAGUAUCUCUGCUCGGAUGAUCAGUAUUUGCUGCAGGGACAAUUGACCGCUGUAAUGGCUGGCUUACCCGAAAUCAUGCGCUUCCGACUAGACGAAAGUGUAAAUCCGAGUGUAGAGGAAGUCCGAUGUAGAUUUCAGGAAGUCCCAAGAGCGAUACUUGCCGAAGAAGCCCGCGCUGCCGCACCUAAGAUUGGAAGGCGAAGCCAGAAACUUAAGGGGUUGGACUUGCAGGGAGCCAAGAAGGAAGGAGGUGCACCGAGUACGCGUUCGACGGCUGCGCCGACAACAGGUAGAACGGAUCUCAGUAUGUCGAGUUUAUGGAAAGAAUUUGUUGUUUUUCUGAGAUUAUUUUGAAACAAAUUCGUUGAAAAGAACCUAAUCAUGAAAAACUUCCUAAUCAUGAAUUUGAUGAAGAACACCAUCAGAUCGGUAGCUCUUUUUAUUCCCUCACAACUACUAACUACAUCUCCCCGUCUAAUCGGAACAAGCACGAAAAUGCCGGAAGCCCAGGCCCUUGCCGUCAAGGAGGUGACAAACAACCUAAAGUUCCGCACACCCACAGUUUUAAACCUAAGCAAGAAGCCACUAGGAGAACAUGGCGCGAUAGCUUUACAAGGCGGUUUCAUAAACGGUGGUGGCGUGAUGCUGCAGGAACUGUGCGUGUGGGGAUGCGGUCUGGGCAAUGACGGUGCAGAAAUAGUACUCGAGAAUCUGCCACCUUCAGUGAGGACGAUUUGGUUGGAUGACAAUGACAUUUUUUUAUGGCUUGGAAGACCUGAAUGACAUACAUCUGAACUUUUCGUUUUUACUGCUCAUGGGGACAUCAUGACUGCUUCGCAUGAGCAGUCUUGGGGACAUGAAUUUCACAUGACUAGAUUUUACUUCGCAGGAGCAGUCGGCCUGUUGCGGUUGCCAUUCAAAGUACGGCUACCUAAGAUCGAGAAUGGCCUUCUCUCCUCCUCUAAAGUCCUCCAUCGCCCCCGACGUGAUACCUGCAGAAAACCAGAUCGAAGAAUUAUACCUUGGCAGCAAUCGAUUAGGUGUAUCCGAUAGCAUCUUAACGAUUCUCAAAGACUGUCCGAACUUGAUCCACCUAGAUCUGGCCAGAAACGAGAUCGAAUCACAUCGCAUGCUGCCAGUGUUUGAGUAUUUGACCAGUAUGGAAGCAAGGUUUUCGUACGCUUUACGGUCUUUGUCGUUGCAGUGUAAUAAACUGGCUGGAAAAUCAGUCAGAAAAUUCCUCGACGACUGGAACGAGAAGAAAGUUGCUCAUGCACCUGGGUUCGCUUUUGAGCAUCUGGAUGUGAGACAUAACAGCAUGAUCGACGCUGUAGUCAGAAAGUUACGGCGGCUACCUCUCGCAAUUCAUAUCUGAAUCUGAACAUAGGGAUUGGGAUCUUCCCCCGACCAACAAGAAAGGGUCGGGGGGGGGGGGAUAGUACCCAUAGUACCCUAGCUACAAAGAUAUGAUGCCCUGCCCAUAAGGCAGUCUGCACUGAACUCUGUGCGAGAUUAGUUGUAUUGUCUUGUAUUGUUACUAGGGGCUCGUUGUGAAGGAUCCACAACCUAACCUAACCUAACCGCUAAUAAAGGACUUGCACAUCCAUUUCAAUGAGAAGCUACUAGCGUUGAAGGAAUGGGACUGUAUCUUCGACGUGCUGAAUGACGAGAGCGAACAAAAUCCAGAUGAAGAGGAGGCUGAAGAACAGAAGGCAAAGCCAGCAGAGGGAGGCGACGCUGCAUCACCCUUUGGUGAAGGAGGUGCGGAAGGCGGAGGUGCUUAGGGGAAGUGAUGAAGUUGUAGAGGGAUUAUAACAUGUAGUUAUGAUAGGAUUUAACAUAGUAAGAAAAUCGAAGUAAAUCUAAACCUAAAGCAAAAGCAAUCUUCGGGGUCGUUCACACAUAUCACAGUCUUAUUUGUUCUCCGUCAUCAUCGAUUUUGUAACUGUAAAGUUUGUUUUUUAUGUGCAUGCUUCCUACCUACUUUUUUGAACGACUCGUGUCGCAUUUCUACUAGAAGAUACUCAUAGGCAUUAGAUGGGAAUUCUCCGGAAAAUGAACAACGAUAGGAUUUGUCUGCCAAGAAUGCCCUCUUGAGAAAUAGUGAUGAAUAGGACUCGACAAAUGAAAUUAAAUGAACACGUAGAAAGGGAAUGAAUAGUAUUACCAGUAGCUUCGGAAAGAAAAGGAUUGACGAUACGAUACAGUCGAUAAUGGUUGCUUCGAAACAUCAUUUAAUGCAUUUUUUUCACAAGGAUGAAACAAAUAGCACGAGGAGUUGUAACAAACAGUAUCACUCAGAAUUCAGGUUUAGUCAGAAAAGCUCACAGAUCACACCCACAGUUUAACACUCAACACGGUUUAACAGAUUUAGCAUCUAAACGGUACAAGCAUCUAGAUGAUUUUUUUCCUGUGAUUCAUAUUUUGCAUCUCUCUACUUGGUUAAAUUUUGUGAUUAGCAUCGCACGCUGAUUAGAAAAAACAGUGUAGGAUUGAUUUUCAUGUUGUCCCCCACUCCUCCACCGACCCUCACAAGAUCCCGAUUAUUCCCUACAAGCAAAUGAGAAGUCGAUCCCCCGUCAAGCGUCCCCUAUAUUCCAACUUCUACUGCAACAAGAAAGACGCAUGAGAAUUUCGACAUCAUCAACUAACGAGUGAGCUUGGGAGGGUUCAUCAAAGUCAAAUUGUGAUCACCGAAGUCGUCUGGCAAGAAGGGCAAAUCAAAGUGGCGCGUUUGUACUGAUUGAUUGAUUGAUUGUACUGUAGUACUCAUUUUUCCGACCUCAAAAAUUUCUCAGUGAAG